ACAUCCGUUACCUCGGUCAUAUGCAUCGAUGAACUGCACGUCAUACCGUUCUUGCUGCUCGUGAAGAUUGUGCUUGACCCUUUCUUGCCUCUACAAUGCGGUUUUUUGCUCAAUCUUUAGCACUUAGAGUCACUUUUGCAUUCUCAUUCUUGAUUCACUUCAGUAAUGGACAGUUUGAGUUGGAUACCAAUGUAGGUGAAACGGCGAAAAUCCACCUGAACGUGUACGACGUGUUCAGCCACAUGCCUCUUUUAAGAUCUCGCAGGUCACCGGCAGCACACAAAGUCCAUCACGCGAGAAAAAACCACGAUCCACACGGACAGGAGCAUGCGCACCCCCACAAACACUCUCAUGCGCAAGAACACGAACACUCUCAGGCACAAGAACACAAGCACUCUCAUGCUCAAGAACACGAACAACCUCAGGCACAAGAACAUAAACACUCUCAUGCGCAAGAACACGAGCACUCUCAUGCGCAAGAACAUAAACACUCUCAUGCACAUGAUCAUGCGGAAGGAAUCAAAGCUCCUACCGAUCAUGGUACUCAUGGUAAAACAGAUUGUAAAGAUAAAGAAAAAGUUCCCCCAACAACCGCUUUAUCCGACAAAAACAACACGCACGUUGCAAAAGAGGAGUAUAAUCAUGAGGCAGCAAUUGCCGAACAGGACGAAGAGUUGGAUGCCAAUGAGAACUACGAUGGCGAUCCCGGUGGCAUUAACGUUUUUGAGCCACCUUCAUCUCCGGACAUCGAGCAACUGAGUGACACUAGCUUGCAACUUAAAUGGACAUCAGGCUCGUUAAGGGACAAAGGAGUUAAAGGUUACAAAAUUGAAUACCUCAAGGGUAAUGAAACCAAAGUUUUCGGCGGAAAACACAGUUGGCACGUCGUUGCGAAUCGAAUAAAGCCGAGGUUCAGAAUUUUCAAAGUGAAUGAUUUGGAACCAGAAAAAAUGUAUCGAUUUAGAAUCGCGACGAUCUAUGCUGGCAACAGAUACAUUUACGGUCUAGCCUCAGGAUGGGUAAAAAUGCAACAUUGGAGCUGACGCCUUCAUUUGCUAUUCUGUCGUGCCAUGGAAGAAUUUCAUAUGAACCUAAGGUCAUUGGCGGAUCCAAACAUAUCAAACGGGGGAUAGAGAUUCGGGGUGGGGAGGCUUUCUUGCUUCUUAUGGAUAAUUUUCGAAAUUUCAAUGCAUUUAAUACGCAGAUCGAGCCAAUGUCUUCACUAAGGAUUACUAAAUGGACGUAUUUCUGCCAAAAGGAACUAUGUGAAUUAUGACUUGAGCCCUACUAUGCAUAUGUCCUUAUGGAUCUCAGAGCUAAUGUUUUAAUGCACAUAGUUCUGUUUGGCAGAAUUAUGUUUAAAUAUAAGAGGUCUUUUCCUCCAUUUCUUCCCGA